AUGUCUAUAGAAAGACCUCUGCGAGUAUCUCUUUAUUGGGGAGGUAAAAUACACUAUGAAGAUGGGUCAAUUUGUUAUUUGCCUCGUACUUCCAACCGUACAUUCUCAUUACGGCAUAGAAUUGGAUAUGAUGAGCUGGUGGAUAGAAUUUAUGAAUACAUGGGGGUCGAUAGGGGGCUGUUCAAGUUGAAUUUAUUUCUCCGCCAACCUUGUGGCCGUACUUCUUAUAAUGUCUCUCCAGUGGUGGAUGAUGAAACUCUGGAGAUAAUGGACGUGGUAGAGCCACGGUUCACGUCAGGCUUAAGGACGGAUGUUGAAUAUGUUGAAGGCCUUGACUCGAUUCAAAGUUUUAGAGACCACGUAUCGCCGAAUCAUGUGCCUUCUUAUGGGUUCGAUUCGACUGCUGGUCCAAGUCAUUGUAACACAUUGAUAGAUGAUGAUUUGGAAAAUGAUGUAGAAGAUGUGGAAGAAUCUGAGUCGGUAGAUGUGUCAGACAGUGACUCAGAUGGCGAAAAUGAAAGACGUGUAGUCCACCAGGAUCUUGGGAACCAACAGCCCUUUGCUGCAUUUGCCAACCUUUCGUAUGUUCCACGAGGAUUCGAAUUCUUCUCUAACCUUGGAAAUAUAAAUGAUGACGACCAAUUCACUGAUGAAAGUGGGUUGGAACGUAUUGUGACAUUUAGUGAGGAUAAUAAUCACAUAUGUCUACAUAUGAGAUUUGAGAGCAAACAACAGCUGAGCAGGGCUAUUAGAAUGUGGUCUAUCAAUCAUAAUAGGGAGUUUAGGGUUGUUGAGAGCAAGAGUAAUACUUGGGUUGCCAAAUGUAAAUCUGCAUUUGAAAGGAGCACCACCACUGUGGCCAACGUAUCGUAUCCUCCAUGCGACUGGUGUGUCCGAGCAGUGAAAAAAAAGACUCAUGGACUGUGGCAAAUAACCAAAUGGGUCAACGACCAUAAUUGUGUUGGUGAUUUGAUGAGUAAUAGCAAUGCUAGUCUUACAUCUUCGGUUAUUGCUAGACACAUAGUUCGUAGCAUUGAAGAUGAUCCUGGGUUUAAAGUAAAGAAUAUAGUAAGCCAUGUCAAGAAAGUUUUGAAGGUGGACGUGUCCUAUAAAAAGGCUUGGUACGGCAGACGCAAAGCUAUUGAACUUAUAUUUGGUUCUUGGGAUGCCAAUUUUGCUGAACUGCCGAAAUAUGUUGAUGCACUUAUGCAGUCAAAUCAGGGAUCUGUGAUCAGGUGGUUGCACCAUUCUGAUAGUACGGAUCGUCUGAAGACAUUUAAGUAUGUCUUCUGGGCUUUUGGACCGGCUAUUGAUGCAUUUCACAUGUGUCGACCGGUUAUAUGUGUUGAUGGCACUCAUCUGCGGGGCGAAUAUAAAGGCAAACUACUUGUUGCAGUUACGCAAGAUGCCAACAACCACAUUAUUCCGCUAGCCUAUGCCAUUGUCGACGAAGAAACUAUUUGUAGUUGGUCUUGGUUCAUGGAACAACUAAGAUACAAUGUGGCCCGUGAUCGGUAUCCUAUUUGUGUCAUUUCGGAUCGGCAUAAUGGUAUCAUCCAUGCCAUGACACAUUAUGACUAUUGGCAAGAACCUUUGACCUUUCAUAGAUUUUGUCUACGACACGUUAGGAGUAACCUAAUGAGUCACUUCAAAGGCUUGCACCUUAGAAGGUUAUGUUGGGCAAUGGGAAAAGCCAGACAAUUGCGCAAGUGGCGGGCAUUCAAACGAGAAUUGAGGAACAUGUUUCCAGAUGCAUGGAGUUAUCUGUCUAACAUUGGAGCUGAGAAGUGGUGUCUAACACAUGACGGUGAGAACCGUUGGGGUAUUCUUACAACCAACAUUUCCGAAAGUUAUAAUAAUGUACUUAGAGGAGCUCGUCAUUUGCCUAUCCGGGCUUGUAUUGAUAUGACAUUUCAUCGGACUGUUGAGUUGUUUAAAACAAGAAGAGAGGAUGCUAGACAUUGCCGUUAUCCAUUUCCUCCAAAGAUAUGA